ACAUCCCAGAAUUAAAGACCUGCACAGCACAAUCCACUCUUCAAACCAAGGAUAGAAAAGAGAAGGGGGACAUACCUUUACAUAAUUUGUCACUACAUCUCCAAUCAGCAAAAUGAAGCUGCUUUACCUCUCAACGCUCCUGUUAGUCUUUUUGGCUAAACUGGAAGCAAGACCUCAGGUUACAGAGAAAAAAUGUAAAACUGGUCCAAUGGAUCUUGUCUUCAUAAUCGAUAGCUCGAGAAGUGUUCGACCUUUUGAGUUUGAAAGCGUGAGAAAGUUUAUGAUUGAUAUCAUUAAUUCACUUGACAUUGGCCCUACAUUGACAAGGGUGGGAGUAGUACAAUACUCCAGUCAAGUACAAAAUGUUUUCUCCCUCAAGACCUUUUCUAAAAAGUCUGACAUAGAAAAAGCAAUAAAUGAAUUCAUUCCUCUGGCACAAGGAACAAUGACCGGCUUGGCAAUCCAGUACGCCACAAAUGUUGCCUUUACCGUUGAAGAAGGAGCUAGGCCAUUGUCACAAAGAAUUCCAAGAGUUGCAAUUAUUGUGACUGAUGGUAGACCUCAGGAUCGUGUUACAGACGUGGCAGCUCAGGCUCGUGAUGCUGGUAUAGAAAUCUAUGCAGUUGGUGUCCAAAGGGCAGAUGUAACUUCACUAAGAGCCAUGGCUUCCCCACCACUUGAUGAUCAUGUUUUCCAUGUUGAAUCAUUUGAUCUCAUUCAGCAUUUUGCAAUUCAGUUUCAGGAUAAACUAUGUGAUGUUGACAUGUGCACUGAAAUGGACCAUGGAUGCCAGCAUACCUGUGUUAGCGUUCCCAGUUCAUAUUACUGUGAAUGUAACCCAGAGUACAAACUGAAUGCAGAUGGGAAAACAUGCUCUGUGAUCAAUAUGUGCCUCCAAGGAAAUCAUGGAUGUGAACAACUUUGCGUGAGCUCCCCUGGUUCUUAUUCAUGUGCCUGUAGUAGUGGCUAUCAACUAAACAAUGAUAAAAAGACUUGCUCAAUAAUAGAUCUGUGUGCCAAGGGAAAUCAUGGAUGUGAACAACUCUGCAUUAGCUCCCUUGGAUCUUACUCUUGUGCCUGUCAUACUGGCUACCAACUAAACAAUGAUAAAAAGACUUGCACAAUGAUUAACUACUGCUCGUAUGGGAAUCACAGCUGCCAACAUGAAUGUGUGAGCAUUCUGAAUGGCUACUACUGUCGCUGCAAUGAAGGAUAUACUCUCCAGAGUGAUGGAAAGACUUGUUUGGCCAAUGACAUGUGCAAUGUUUUGGAUCAUGGUUGUCAGUUUAAAUGUGUCAGUACUCCUGGUUCAUACCACUGUAUUUGUCCAGAGGGACAAGAUCUGCAAGCUGAUGGAAAAACAUGCAACAAAUGUUCUACUGGUAACAUUGACUUAGUGUUUGUUAUUGAUGGUUCAAAGAGCGUCCGACCACACAACUUUGAACUUGUAAAGCAGUUUGUAAUUAAGAUAGUGGAGAAUCUGGAUAUUUCUGCCCAUGGCACACAUGUUGGGUUGGUUCAGUACUCGAGUCGGGUGCGCACAGAGUUCCCGCUUAGCCAAUUUAAAACUGCAAAUGAUAUCAAGAACGCUGUGAAGAAUAUACAGUAUAUGGAGAAAGGCACAAUGACCGGUUUGGCACUCAAGCAUAUGGUGGAACAAAGCUUCUCUGAAGAGGAAGGAGCCCGGCAUCCUUCCAAGAAUAUACCAAGAAUUGGUUUGGUGUUUACUGAUGGCCGAUCUCAAGAUGAUAUUUCUGAAUGGGCUAAGAAAGCUAAGGAAGCAGGUAUUACUAUGUAUGCAGUGGGUGUUGGUAAGGCUGUUGAGGAUGAAUUAAAUGAAAUUGCAUCAGAACCAGUUAGCAAGCAUUCCUUCUACACAGCAGAUUUUGGUACAAUCAAUCUAAUUGCUGAGGAUUUCAAGUUGAACAUUUGUCCAGAGGAAAUAAAAGGAGAGACGGAGUUUAAGAACCCAUGUGACUGUGAGCACCUGGUCAGUUUUCAGUCAAGCACUCUAACAACGCUCGGAAACCUUUCUGAAAAACUGGCUCAGCUAACCGCAAGACUUGAACAACUUGAAAACCAGCUGCUCAGCAAGAAGUGAGGAACUUCAAUGGAGAACUUUCAAAAAUAUGCUACAAUACAAAAAGGUUAACGUGCCAUGACAAGUGGUAUCCUUUGUAACCCAUUUUAAGGAGGCAUAGACAUGCCAAGCGGAGCUGUAAAACUAUCCAUAUUAUAAAUAAAUGUGAAUAGAUUGUUUAUUAUAAUUAUUAUUGUUAUUUCUGUAACUGUUCUUCAUUAAACAUUUUAUCUAGA